CACGCCUCGUAAAGUUGUAAACAUUGCCCGGUCUCGCCAGCGCACACGCGGAUGGUUUGCGUGCUUCCUUCGACGAAAGCUUAAAAAUGUCCGUAGAAACGAUCUACACCUCUGCUGCCUGCAAUCGGACACCGGACUCGUUGGAUUGGGGCCCGGAUGGAUUGAUUUACUUCGCCGCCAACAACGCCAUUGCUGUGUUCGAUCCGAAGUACCAUGGCUCAGUAAAAAUCGUUCGUACUCUGAUUGGCCACAAAGCGAGAGUAAACACGGUGCAUGUGGUUCGCGACGGGAGCGAGUGUCACGGUGGUAUUAAUCUCCUCUCCGGUUCGGACGAUGGAACGUGCAUACUGUGGAACACGAAGCAGGACGGCGGUGCGGUACGAUUCAUCCUAAAGGGCCACACAAAAGGUGUCACUGCGGUGGAUGCUCUGGUCGAUACUGCAACGAACAACCUGAUCGUUGCCACUGGAUCGGUUGAUAGUUCCAUCAAGCUGUGGCAAGCGACUGCCGAGUCCACCUUCGAAUGCACUCAAACGAUUGAUCUACGCUCGGGAUUGACGUUCGCGAUGAAGUUGUUCUGCUUGCCGCGAUCGAACGCAGUGAUGCUUGCGUACACAACCGACACGGAUGUGGUGAAGCUGUGCGUCCGACAGAAGCGAACCGACGCAGACGAGGCAACGUUUGAGCCGGUGGAACAGCUGAAGGGACACUGCGAUUGGGUGCGUGGAUUGGAUUGCAUCCAGCUGCCUGACAGUGAGGAUUGGCUGUUGGCUAGCUCGUCCCAGGACACGUUCAUACGCUUGUGGCGUAUUUCGCCGAGAGCGUCCUUGCAGAAGCAAAAGGAGUUUAAGGAAAUUCUGCUCGAAGAGGACAUAACGCUGGAAGAGCGUACGUUUACGGUGCGAGCCGCGGACGGAGCCGAGUAUCAUUAUGCACUUUCGCUGGAGUCCGUUCUGCAGGGCCAUGAAGGGUGGGUGUACGGGGUGCACUUUUGUAUACGUGACGGCAAGCUGCACCUACUGUCCAGCUCCAUCGACAAGAGUCUGACCGUGUGGACACCGUCUGAGAGUGGUGUUUGGGUGGAAAGCGUACGGGUGGGCGAGGUGGGAGGAUCCUCGCUCGGAUUUUACGGAGGAAAAUUCUCACCCGACGGCAGCUCCAUCAUUGGGCACGGUUUUCAGGGCAGCUUUCAUCUGUGGCGCGAGGAUGCGGAACAGCCAGGCCUUUGGAAACCGGGCACCAUCUUGGGUGGCCAUUUCGGAGGUGUAAGAGAUUUGGCCUGGGACCCGGCCGGUGGAAUGUACGUGGUGACACUUUCUGCCGAUCAAACGACGCGCAUCCAUGCGCCGUGGAGCCGACCGGAAGGUGAAGAAACGUGGCACGAGCUGGGACGUCCGCAGGUGCACGGCUAUGAUAUGCAGUGUUUAACGUUGCUGUCGCGCUACCGGUUGGCCAGUGCGGCGGAAGAGAAGAUUAUACGCAUCUUUCAAGCGCCGUCGAACUUUGUGCAAAACUUCCGAGCACUGUGCGGUGUGGUGACCGAUCCGGAGGGGGAUGCAGUCGUGGAAAGUAACCCAAUGGGUGCAUCCGUUCCCUCGCUGGGACUGUCCAACAAGGCCGUGUUUGAGGUUGAAACACCGGAAACGGACUCCCGGCACAUUAAGGACAUGUAUCCGGAGCACUACUUCAGCCCGAUCGCCCUAGAAUCCCCGCCGGCGGAAGAAACCCUUAUGCAAAACACACUAUGGCCCGAAAUUCAAAAGCUUUACGGACACGGCAACGAGCUGUACGCGAUUGCAUCCUCACCCGACGGCGCACUCAUCGCGUCCGGUUGCCGCGCCACCUCGACCGAUCAGGCACAGAUCCUUCUCUGGGACACGGCUUCCUGGCGCGUUGUGCAACAGCUUACCGCGCACCAGCUAACGGUGACACAGCUGGCAUUUGCUCCGGAUGGCCAACAUCUCCUAUCGGUGUCACGUGAUCGUACAUUUUCCGUGUUCCGGCGCGUGUCGAGCGCGUUCGAACUGGUGAUGCGCUCCGACAAGACGAAGGGUGUGCAUACGCGCAUCAUCUGGUGCUGCGAUUGGUCCCACGAUUCGAAGCGGUUUGCUACGGGAUCGCGCGAUGGCAAGGUGGUAGCAUGGAAGGCAGCCAACGAGGAGUCGAAUGGCGUGGCAGUUGCUCCCUUUGAACAGGCCGGUGUUUUGGAACUUAAAAACGAGUCAAUCACUGCGGUCGCGUUUGGUAGGAGGAAGCUGUCGGAUGGCCGGUAUUUAGUGGCCGUCGGGCUUGAGAGUGGUGUGAUUAAGCUGUACGCAUUGGGCCAGUGGGAUCUUUUGUUGAACAUUUCGGAAGAUCAAGCGCAUCAUCUCACGGUCAAGCGUCUUUCAUUCCGACCGCACGUAGAACAACAUCAGCUGGCCAGCUGCGGGGAGGAUGGUUUGGUGCGAGUGUAUAGUAUAAAGCUAUAGAAGAAGACGACUAAAACUUAUGAAGCUAUAUGUUACGAUUUAAACAAUAAAAACAACUAUUGCUACAAUAGUAUCUGAAAUAAGCAAAA